GGGGAGCCAGCGGCCGCAGCGACACUCCCUGCUCCGGGCACCCGCACCGCGCAGGCACCAAGUGCAGCAUUCUGGCCAUGUGCAACCCCGAGGAGGAGGCCCUGCUGCGGCUGGAGGAGGUCUUCUCCGCCACCCUCGCCCGCAUCAACAGCCUUGUCCUCCAGCCCCUGCUCACAGCUGAGCCCACGGACCCCCAGGGCAGAGAGUGCCUACAGCUCCUGCAGCAGCUACACCGGAGCUCCCAGCGGCUCUGGGAGGUGACAGAGGAGAGCCUGCACUCCCUGCGGAGGAGGCUGUGCCACCAGGACUGCGUUGGUCUGGCAUCCCUGCUGUUGCUGCACGGAGCUGACCAUGUUCUGCAGGUCCACGUAGAGUACAUCGAGGCCUACACUAGCUGCGUGGUGGUGCAGGCCUUUCAGAAGGCAGCAAAGAAGAGGAGCGAGUACUGGCGGGGCCAGCGGAAGGCUCUGCGGCAGCUCCUGGCGGGCGUGGGCUCAGCGGCCUCUGUGGGCACAGCGCUGGUCCAGGCCCUCCGCCAGCCGCUCGCUCACCAUGUGCAGCAGUACGUGCUCCUCCUGCUGAGCCUCGGGGACACCGUUGGGGAGGGCCACCCCACUCGGGAGCUGGUGGUGCACGCAGCCACCCUCUUUGGGAACCUGGAGUCCUUCAUGAGGCAGGCACUGGACCAGGCGACCGCCACGCAGGCUCUCUGGCACACCCUGAGCAGCCGGCUAAGGGACGUGCUCUGCACCCCUGCUCGCAGACUCCUGCAAGACAGCCAGGACGUCCCUGUGACGGUUGCCCCGCUGCGGGCGGAGCGCGUGCUGCUCUUCGAUGAUGCCCUGGUCUUGUUGCAGGGCCACAGUGUCCACACCUUUGAUCUGAAGCUGGUGUGGGUGGAUCCUGGGCAGGACGGGUGCACGUUUGGCCUCCUCACACCUGAGGAAGAGCUCUCCUUUUGCUCCAAGGACCCCCAGAGCCGGAUGGUCUGGCAGUGGAAGGUGACUCAGGCCGUGGGCCAGGCCCUGCGUGGGAAGAAGGACUUCCCUGUGCUGGGGGCGGGCCUGGAGCCCCCCGAGCCCCCCACCCGCCGUUGCGCAGCAUACACCUUCCGCGCCGAGGGCCGGCUCUGCCAGGCCACCUACGAGGGCGAGUGGUGCCGGGGCAGGCCCCAUGGCAAGGGCACCCUGAAGUGGCCAGAUGGCCGGAAUCACGUGGGGAACUUUUGCCAGGGCCUGGAGCACGGAUUUGGCAUCCGCCUGGUGCCGCAGGCCUCUGAGGACAAGUUUGACUGUUACAAGUGCCACUGGUGGGAAGGCAGCAUGUGUGGCUACGGCAUCUGUGAGCACGGCACCAGCGAGGUGUACAAAGGCUACUUCCAGGCGGGCCUGCGGCAUGGAUUUGGGGUCCUUGAGAGCCACUCACAGGCCCCGCAGCCCUGCAAGUACACGGGCCACUGGGAGAGGGGCCAGAAGAGUGGCUACGGUGUCGAGGAAGACGGUGACAGGGGUGAGCGCUAUAUUGGCAUGUGGCAGGCUGACCAGCGCCAUGGUCCGGGGGUCAUGGUCACCCAGGCAGGUGUCUGCUACCAGGGGACUUUCCAGGCAGACAAGAUGGUGGGCCCAGGGAUCCUCCUCUCUGAAGAUGAUUCCUUGUACGAGGGCACCUUCACCAGGGACCUGACCCUUGUGGGGAAGGGCAAGGUCACCUUCCCCAAUGGCUUCACCCUGGAGGGCUCUUUCGGCAGCGGGCCAGGAAGAGGGCUGCACACCCAGGGCGUGCUGGACACGGCUGCCCUCCCUCCAGAUCCAAGCGGCACCUGUAAGAGGCAGCUAGGUGUGGGUGCCUUCCCCGUGGAGAGCCGCUGGCAGGGCGUCUACGGCCCCUUCCGGGACUUCGUUAGCGCCGGCUGCCCCGGGGACUUGCAGGAGGCCCUCUUGGGCUUCCACGUGCAGAACUCGAGGGAGCUUCGCAAGUCCCAGGAGUACCUGUGCUGCGAGAGGGCCCAGCCCGAGGAUCACGCAGGCAGAAUGGAAGACACCCUGGAAGAGCUGCUGCAGCACCGGGAGCCCGGAGCCCUGCAGCGGUGCCUCAGGAAGGCUCUGAGCAACUCUCUGCACCCCCUGGGCCAGCUGCUCCGGACGCUGAUGCUGACCUUCCAGGCCACGUACGCGGGCAUUGGGGCCAACAAGCACCUGCAGGUGCUGGCCCAGGAGGAGGUGAAGCAGCAUGCCCAGGAGCUCUGGGCCGCCUAAAGGGGUCUGCUGCAGGUGGCCUUACAGCACAAGGGCCAGGCUCCAGAGGAAGAUGAAGAUACAGAGACAAGGGCCCUGCAGGUGCAUGGAUUGAUGCUGCCCCUCAUGCUGCCCAGCUUCUACUCGGAGCUCUUUACUCUCUACCUCCUUCUCCACGAGAGAGAGGACAGCCUGUACAGCCAGGGCAUUGCCAACCUGAGCCUCUUCCCCGACACCAAGCUGCUCGAGUUCCUGGACGUGCAGAAGCACCUGUGGCCCCUCAAGGACCUCACACUGACAACCAAUCAGAGGCUCUCCCUGGUCAAGGACAAGUGCUUCCUGUCUGCCACUGAGUGUCUGCAGAAGAUCAUCACCACAGUGGACCCCCGGGAGAAGCUGGAGGUGCUGGAGAGGACGUACGGGGAAAUCGAGGCCACUGUGUCGCGGGUGCUGGGCCAGGAGCACAAGCUGCCCAUGGAUGACCUGCUGCCACUGCUCAUCUACGUGGUGUCCCGUGCCCGAAUUCAGCACCUGGGAGCCGAGAUCCACCUGAUCCGUGACAUGAUGGACCCCAUCCACACGGGAGGCCUGUAUGACUUCUUGCUCACAGCCCUGGAGUCCUGCUACGAGCACAUCCAGAAGGAGGACAUGAGGCUGCACCGCUUUCCUAGCCGCUGGGAUUCCAGAGGGCUCUGGUAGCCCGGCCCCUCUGAGACCCACCGCAGAGCUGAGAGGGGCCGCCAUGGUCCGGCCUGGCCCCCGUGUCGCCCGCAGACAGAGGACAGGAUGGGCCCCUGGAGGGGGUUCCUGGAGGAGACAAGCAAUUAGCUUCUUCCGGGAAGAGGCUGCUGCUGCCUGGAGCCGGCCAAGGAUGGGGGUGACAGGCAUGGACCCCGAGCCAGUGGCUCCCCCACCUCCGCACCCUGCCCCCAGGUAAUCAUCCUCCCUGGGACCUCUUGCAGGGUGUUCUUAUCAAGGCUGGGAAGAAAAUAAUAAGGUAGCACUUGGGGACAAAGAGGCAGCCUUGUAGCUCUGCACUGGAGGCCAAGACAGAAAGGAUCUCCAUGGCUGUGUCAACCUCCCCCUCGGUGUCGUGAUGGACAAGGAGGAAGGUGACCCAGACAUUUCAGGGCACCAGCAUGCUUGAACUUGGCUUCAUUGAAAGUGUCAGGAAGACCCCUGGCCAGGAAAGCCUCAGCGAAGCUCCCCAGAGCCAAGGAUCCUAGAUAUCCUUGGACACCGUAGAAGGCAGUGACAGAGCCCUUACUGCAUCCAAUGAAGAUAUUGUGUAUAGGUG